AUCUAAUCCUCUCUUUCAGGCAAUGAAAUUAUCAUCAGUAAAAGAAAUGCCAUUUGGGGUUGUGCUUACUGGUGAAUUUGCUGUUUCACCUUCCAUACAGGGUGUGAUUUCACUGGCAGGCCUGGCAAGGUGAUCGAUAUUGAUGAGAGCUGCUUUUGAUGGUACUAUGACUUCCUCAAAUGUUCAAGCUUCACUGCUGUUGGAAAUACAAAGUCUCCAUGUAAGAAGCAGGAGAGUGAUGGAGAUAAAAGGACAGUGGAUCCAUUGCCGAUUGGCCUAGAUGGCUGCAUUUUUUGGUGCUAUCACUAUGAAGAGUAUGGUGGACUUCAACCUCGCUUGUGCAAGGUUCGAAAGACCACGGCAAGUCGCAAGAAGUCGUCGGAUGAUCUUUGGGACCUGGAUUUCUGUGCAAUUGAGGAAUCUACAGCUUGCACCCUCUCAUACUCAAAUACCUUUCUCCAAUUUUGGAUUCAAAGGUCUAAUCUGGCUCCUGGAGUUCCUCAUGGAUUUUAUAUUUGGGAGGAGGAUAUCCCAUCCAUGGUCUCACCUGGCAUACUGAAACCUGGAAGACACAGGCUUCAAAGGAAGACUGCUCUCAGAUGUCCCUCAAUGAUCCAAGACCUGUGUGCUAGAAUUGCUUCACACUUCAUGAAUCUUGACUGCAACUCUGACCAUCAGUUCUGUUUCACCAUGCCCGUCUAUGAUACAUUCCGGAUAGGAGCCACUCCGGACCCAAGGUACACUAUCACCUUCAUGCUGUA